AUGGCCACUGCCUUUCCGUCAUCGGUGUCUGCUGCCCUGUUCGGUGUUGAUGGAUCAAAUGCAACACAAGGUGGAUCAAAUACAACACAAGGUGGAUCAAAUACAACACAGGGUGGAUCAAAUACAACACAAGGUGGAUCAAAUGCAACACAGGGUGGAUCAAAUACAACACAAGGUGGAUCAAAUACAACACAAGGUGGAUCAAAACAACACAGGUGGAUCAAAUACAACACAGAGGAUCAAAUACAACACAGGGUGGAUCAAAUACAACACAGGUGGAUCAAAUACAACACAGGUGAUCAAAACAACACAGGAUGGAUCAAAUACAACACAGGGUGGAUCAAAUACAACACAGGUGGAUCAAAUACAACACAGGAUGGAUCAAAUACAACACAAGGUGGAUCAAAUACAACACAAGGUGGAUCAAAUACAACACAGGGUGGAUCAAAUACACAACACAAGGUGGAUCAAAUACAACACAGGGUGGAUCAAAUACAACAAGGUGGAUCAAAUACAACACAGGAUCAAAACACAAACAGACAAGGUGGAUCAAAUACAACACAGGGUGGAUCAAAUACAACACAGGGUGGAUCAAAUACAACACAAGGAUCAAAUACAACACAGGGUGGAUCAAAUACAACACAAGGAUCAAAUACAACACAAGGUGGAUCAACACAACACAGGGUGGAUCAAAUACAACACAGGGUGGAUCAAAACAACACAGGGUGGAUCAAAUACAACACAAGGUGGACCAAAUACAACACAGGGUGGAUCAAAUACAACACAGGGUGGAUCAAAUACAACACAAGGUGGAUCAAAUACAACACAGAGGAUCAAAUACAACACAGGGUGGAUCAAAUACAACACAAGGUGGAUCAAAUACAACACAGGGUGGAUCAAAUACAACACAAGGUGGAUCAAAUACAACACAAGGAUCAAAUACAACACAGGUGGAUCAAAUACAACACAGGGUGGAUCAAAUACAACACAGGUGGAUCAAAUACAACACAAGGUGGAUCAAAUACAACACAGGUGGAUCAAAUACAACACAGGGUGGAUCAAAUACAACACAAGGUGGAUCAAAUACAACACAGGGUGGAUCAAAUACAACACAGGAGGAUCAAAUACAACACAAGGUGGAUCAAAUACAACACAGGGUGGAUCAAACAACAAGGUGGAUCAAAUACAACACAGGGUGGAUCAAAUACAACACAGGAUGGAUCAAAUACAACACAGGGUGGAUCAAAUACAACACAAGGUGGAUCAAAUACAACACAGGGUGGAUCAAAUACAACACAUGGGUGGAUCAAAACAACACAGGGUGGAUCAAAUACAACACAAGAUGGAUCAAAUACAACACAAGAUGGAUCAAAUACAACAUACAAUAGGGGCGGCG